AUGGACAAGACAACAUCCUUCCGAGACCAAAUCGCCAAAUUCAAACAUACUGAACCUACUACAGGAACAUCCCCUCGCAAGAGAUCUGCUACUGAAUCUAAUAGCGCAAGUGAAGCUUCAACACCGAAAAAGCUCAAGAGCUCUGAGACGAAGGAUUCUAGCAGAAGCAAGAAAUCUCCAGGAAAACCUAAAGUCGAUUACCACUCGUUGCCACCCUUGACUGAUUGUAUUGCUGAUGAUCUCGAUGUCCUCUUUUGUGGUUAUAAUCCUGGAAUUCAAUCAGCUACCAAGCAGCACCACUUCGCAGGAGGUGGAAAUCAUUUUUGGCCCUGUCUUUCAGAGGCUGGGUUUGGAAAUGGUGCGAAACUGACAUAUGAAGACGAUAAUGAUUGUCCAAGGCUAUAUAAUUUUGGAAUUACGAAUCUUGUUGAGAGAUGUACUCCUGGAUCUGCAGACCUAACACCACAAGAAAUGCAAUCAGCAGUAGCACCACUCAAAGCCAAAAUCCUUAAAUAUAAGCCGAAAAUUGUUGCUUUUAUUGGUAAAGACGUGUAUCGACAUUUUGUUGGCAAGGCUGUAUAUAAUGGAGGAAAGAAUUUCACAUGGGGUCUGCAAACCAAGAAAGUAUCUUAUGCAGAUAGUGAGAAGCAAGGAUUGAUUUAUGUGAUACCGGGUACGUCUGGGCGUGUAUCCGCAUAUCAGAAGGGAGACAAGUUGGAGAUGUUUGUCAAGUUGAGGAAGAUUGUUGAGGGUUUGAAGGAGGGACGAGAUGUGCAUUCUGUGGAAGAGGAGGCUGCUGCUUCUGUAGUGGAUGAUGCUGCUUCUGUAGUAGAUGAUGCUGCGGAUGAUGAUGAAGUGGAGGAACAAGGGAAAGAAGACGAGAACGAGGAAGAUUGA